GGCCCACUCGACCACACUGAGUGGCGCGUACGGGACGGAGGAACAUCGAUCAUCACGAUCUAGAGGCACAAGUAGCGCAGGCGAGGAUUGGGGUGUAUCAUGGCUGAUCCGUCACCGGCACUUCCGGAGAACAAGGGCCCGCGGCCAGCGUGCUUGUUCGACGAGCUGCCACCGUUGCACGAGCUGGCGGCUCGGACUAUGACCAUGGACGAGAUGUUCCUCCUCCUUGACUGCUAUCGGGUGCCGGCCGAGGUUGCCGGAGAGCUCAUUGCGCUCGGUGUCAACACCAUCGACAGCAUUCUCAACCUUGAUCACUCUGUUCAGGUUGCCCACUUUCAGUUUGAGCGGCGGCGGCAGCUCAACCUCUUCAUGCGCAACUUGUUUAAUGACCUGCAUGCACCGGCUCCCCCGAGGUAA